AUGUUGGGGAUGAAGUUGGUCCAAUCGACCAAAUCGCUGUUUGUUGGAAAAAAAGAACUUUGGAAGAAAAUAAUCAAAUGCACUAUAGCCUAUGAAAUUGGAACUAUCCUGGUACUCAUUCCACGAGUCAGCCCUCAUUUAGGGGCCGUACCUUACCUAUUACCUCUCGGUACUCUAUUCUUCAACCCAAGUGGAACUACCGGUAAUCAAUGUAUUGAAAUGCUUCUCAACAUCGGAAUGAUGAUCAUUCCUGCGAUCUGGUCUGCCGUUCUGGUUUAUCUUUGCACACUCUAUAACAGAGCUCGCCUAAAUGGCCACGAAGAACUAUACAGCAAUGGUGCAGGCGUGAUAGCCGGUAUAGGAUUUGGUAUCAGUAUGAUGGGUGUUGCAUACUAUCGUCUCAAGUAUCCACGGCUAUAUAUCCCGGCCUUUCAAGGAUUUACCACCCCGAUGUUUGCAUUGACAAAAGGGAUUUACGAAACCUCUUUUAAUAUAAUGUCUAUUGUCGGUAUCUUUUAUCCUAUAAUUAUGGGAGGUGCCCUAGCUCUGCUUAUCAACAUUGUUCUCUGGCCUGCAACAGCAUCAAAAUCGUUUGAAACAUCUCUUGAAGACGUCCUGUGUUCGAUUAAUCAGAUUCUUGAUUUUGUACACACUGAUAUGUUAAAGAAUGACGACACAGGAAUCAUGGCAGGUGAUCUAGAGCUGGCCAGAAAACUUUCGACAAUGAGUAGCAAACUUCAAGCAGAGAUGACAAAAAUGAAUAAAGCCUGGUCCGAAGCAAAGUACGAGGUAGUCGUAUCUCACUUCUACCCUCGAUGGUAUAAAGAGACAGUUCAUUCCGUCGAAGCCCUUUGUCAAAACAUGCUAGGUUUCUCAUUAGCAAUCGAAAAAGAAGCCCGGAUUAUGUUGGAUAUCAAGAUUUCCCGUCAACUGGAAGAGUCCUACAGAGGUAUAGACGACGAGAAAAUAGCUGAAUAUAAUACUCUACGCCAACGUCAGCCUGGAGUCAAUAAUUUGAAUGCUUACUCUACUCAUAUGACGAACUCAUUAUCUGCAUCCCACCCGAUCAAGUACCUUCAUAUCAUACAUCUUCAAAAUCUAAUCCAGCCAGAACUCAAGCAAUUUCUUCGGGCGUGCAAAAAUAUUAUGGAAGACAUCAGAGUUAAGAUGGCAGAGCGCAAGGCUAUACCAGGAUAUCGUACACAAUCAAAGAACUCUCUAUCUGCACGCACUUCGCCAGAAUUCCUUCAAGGGACCGAAAGCGUUUGUAGUCUUGACAAAGCCUUGGGAGAUAUCAAGGCAACUUAUAUAUUGUUACAUCGCGAGUUCAAAGAUCGCAGUAUGACACCAAUGGAAGAACAUUACUUGGUAUACACCAUUGUAUUUACUUUAAUAGAAUUUGGUAAAGAAAUGAAAAAUUUGGAAGUUUUUGUGGAUGAACUACUGGGACACAGAAAACCGGGAAGCUGGUCUCGUUUAUUUUUUCCGAGAGUUCCACUAAAAAAAUGGCUUUCCAGGGGAGGCAAUGACAACAAGGGUGAGCAUGAUCCAAGCGAACAGACUUUAUUCAGCAAAGAGCUCGAGCGUGUAGAGACAAGGCCAGGGUUACGGUCAGAGGCCUCUAGUACUUCAGAACUUAGAGAUACUUUAGAUCUUACCAAUCGAAGAGAAUCGAACUCAUCACUAGAGAGCAACUAUGGAGAUUUCGCAGAUGAAGAAUACCCACUUCAGAAUGCACCUGGAAAGCAUGUGUGGAAUCAAUGGUUGCGCUCGCUUUUUGAUUUCUUUGAAUCUGGACCUACACGCUACGCCAUAAAAUAUGGCCUGGUCACUGAAAUACUGGCUUUAAUGGCAUGGUUGCCAAUACCAGGUGUUAACCAGCUUUAUAAUGAAAACCACGGUCAAUGGGCACUUUUAUCGGCCAUGGUAGUAUUCAAUUAUACAGUAGGGUCAACAAUGCAGCAGUGCUUUUAUAGAAUUAUUGCCACUAUUCUUGGGGCAGUCUGUGGAUAUAUUGCUCUGUUGGCCGGAAAUCGCAAUGAGAACCCGUAUGUUAUUGCUGUCCUCGUGCUCGUCUUCCAAAUUCCGCUUUGGUACUUCUUACUUGGAUCAGCCUAUCCGCGCAUUGGUUUCAUAUCAUUACUCACAUUGAGCGUCAUUGUGUCCACAGGGUAUUCCAACAAUACAAACGAGUCACUAUUUGAUCCGGUGUGGAAGAGAACUGUUACUUCUAUUAUUGCCGUUUUGGUUGUCAUGAUCGUUGAUAAUUUGUUCUGGCCUGUUUGGGCACGUGAAGUUAUGCGCAAACAACUGGCUGCCCUCCUUAACGAGACGGGAAUUCAGUACUCCAAAGUAGCUUCACUUGUGUGCCAAGAAAAUACGUCUUCUUAUCGCUACCAAUCAACCCUGGCCGACACCACUACACAAAGCAAACGUCUUUGGGCACAACUUCAAUCAGCGCGAGCAAUGCUUCAGUUGUCUUGUACGGAGCCCCGAGUAAGCAAGGCUCCGUUCCCGAUAGAAUCUUAUCAAAAGAUUAUCGAACAUGAACAGAAGAUACUCUACUGGAUCAACCAUAUGAUGAGAGCUCAAAAACUCAUUAGACCUGAAGUACGAAAAGGGAUAAUGAAUCCUAUGAAUCCUCAUCGCAAGAUAAUGGCAUCUAUAGUCCAUUUAUAUUUAUUCACUCUUUCUGGAUCUUUGGGUACAAAGUCAGCUUUGCCAGCUUCGCUUCCAUCUGCAGAAGAAGCAAGACGGAAGUUACAACAGCGUCAGGCGGAACUGUGGAAGGAGCAGUAUGAUACACUUUAUUCUAUGGAUACUCCAAAAUCACAUACUGAGUGUGAUAUGAUGGUCUAUUGGCAUACAUAUGCAGCUGGAUCUGUAGAAGUUGUAAUGGAACAAGAAGCUAUCGGUUCUGUGGUAGCGAAGCUGAUGGGUCAGCACAUAUUCAGGGCAGCUACCAAGGAUUGGAUAGAAACAUAA